AGCUGCGUCCGUAUCUCAAUAUGAUGUCCAGGCUCUUCUUCUCUUUCGUCUUCGCUACGUUCCUCUUGCUGUGCUCUACAGCUCCAGCUCCAAGCACAUGUGAAAGCAAAGUCCAGUUGGUUAUGCACCAAAUAAGAGCCUCUAUUACUGAAAUCGACAAGCUGCUCGCAUCAGGAAACCCCGAACUCGCCAAGCACGAGGACGCUAUUCAUAUUCUUCGCCAGGCCAGCACCGCCGGCCAUGACCUGAUCAAUCACCCCGAAGAUGAAAAAGAGCUAUCCGAUGCUCUUACAGAGAUGUGCCUUGCCGACGGGAAUGAUCAAUCUAGAUCUAGUGGAGUGAUUGAUUCCACAGCGCUUGAUGAGAUUCAGAAGCGCGCAAUAAGCCCGAACCUGCCUCGCAGGGCGGCAAAUUUUUUGGCAGUAUUAUAUCCUGUUACAAGUUUAGUAACAAGACUUGGACUCGGCAGUCUGGCACCUUUAACCACAAUCAUGGAUGCACUCCUUCUCGCCUUAUUAGGCCUUGGACCAGUCGUUGGAAAGAUCCUUAUACGUCUAGGUUUGAUUAGUCGACAGUGAACAGUGACUUUUCAACCAAUUCUACGUCGUCGACCUUUAGCGACCGCUAGGAUUACUCAACCGACUGUUGGUCGGCGUCUACCCAGCCAUCCUUUGUCACUUUGAUUUCCUAUUCUACUUCACUAGCCUAUCCCUAUUGCUCAUGUAUUUGCCAUAGGAUCGUUGCCAGAUUCAAUGCACAGACUUUCAUGUUCAUGUGGUUGAGUAAUAGUGUAGAUGCAUGCC